CUAGAAGUCAGCAGCAAGAUGAUCCUCUCACGUAGCCUUCUAAUCAUCACUGUGGUGCUGGCGAUUCUUCUGGCCCCCAUGCCCACUGAUGCGCAAAUCCUGGGCAGCGGCCAAUGCCGUCUCACCCCCAUUCGAGUGUCCGCUGGCGGGACAGUGUGCGAGAGACUGUGCUUCCGAAGAGACUACCGCGGUCCGCCCAGCCUUUGCCGCCGCAUUCCCAGAGAUGCAGUGGUUCCUGUCUGCGGGGGUGGUUGCUGCCGCAGCGGUCCCAACUGCCUGCAGCUGCUUUACACAUAAAGUCGUACAUUCAGAAAAAGGCACUGGAAUGGGGCGCCCGCGGCUCAGUGGUCGCCGAACUCCGGUACAACAUCGACGCCAGCUACAAGUUUCACAAGCAGAAGUCGAAGGAUAUUGAGGUGGACUUCUGGCGCUUUGAAAUCGGCACGGAAUAGGAAGAAUUAUAUCAGUUGCAUUUAGUUUUGGACAUUAUAUGUAAUAGUAUUGUAAAUUGUAGCACAUUAAAAUUGAUCGUAUGUGUUUUCU